UUAACCCCUUGGUGCCUGCACCUCCCGACCCUUUAACAGUUUCAGAAGCCUGGAGGCGGGGUGGGGUUUUAGGGUCAUUCAUGGCGGUCACAUGAUCGGAAAGGUCCCGAUCAAAAGAGGAGAUCGGGACCUUUCCGUGAGUAUCGGACAGGUGUGCUGGGAGCACGCAGGGCGCGCGCUCUCAGCACAUAUGUUUUCUUUAUUGCACACAAAUGUGCGGGAAUCCGCUCGGCAUCUAGGCCCAGACGCUGGAGAGGCCACACAUUUGUGUGUGGUCAGUGUGAAGAGGUUAAGG